AUGUUUUUCUUCAUUUCCUUACGCCAAAACACCCUAAAUCCUUCAUUUCCUUAUGCCAUCGCUGUCUGCGUCUCCCUCUCCCUCUCCCUCUCUCAAUCUCCCUCAAUCUCCCUCUCCCAAUCUCCCUCAAUCUCCCUCCAUCGAUCUCCCUCUCCCGAUCUCAACCCUCUCUUUCGAUCUCCCUCUCCCGAUCUCAACCCUCUCUCUCGAUCUCCCUCUCCCUCUCCUUCUCCCUCCCUCUCCCUUGAUCUCCCUCUCCCUCCUCCAAUCUCGACCCUCUCUCUCUCAAUCUCCCUCUCCCUCGAUCUCCCUCUCACUCUCCCUCCCUCUCUUGAUCUCCCUCUCCCUGUAACAUCCCUCUCCCUGCAUUUCCUCUCAUAUGAAAGAUGCAGUCAUGCAUUUGAAUCUGUGGAAGAAGGUAUUUGUAUAGGAGAGAUUUGCUUCUUGCAUCAGAGUUCAAUAUCAUGAAUGAUUAUAUGAUGUCAAGUUUGUCAAU